AUGUGGGGUGAUGAGGAAGAUGACGAUGUGCUUCAGUGUGAUUGUGACCAGUGGUUAAAAAGAGACUUACAGAAGCCAGCCAGAGAAGUCCCAAAAUCGGCAGAGAACGUGGAUGGCUGUGUGCUGGUGAAACCAGGCUUUGCGCAGGAUGCUGCCAUUCCUGAGGAGCAGAUGAUGGAAGAGGAUCUGAACCAUUGCCAACUCCAGAAAGUGUUACUUGAGUACAGAGUGACAAAUUUCAGCACCAAAGCACAGGUUCAUAGCACUGAGCAGCAGAAAGGGGGUGAGAGCAAUAAAAGCAGAUCUCCCAGUUGUUUGUCUCUGGAUUCUUUGGACAAGUAUUUCCAGGAUGAUUUUAUUGAGCCCAUGAAGACACCUUCUCCAUGUCUCUAUAAAUCCAUGUCUGAGAGACUUAUGGCAGCCAGGACUCAACCCUGUGUCUUUACCUUUAAAAGAAAGAACCCUGACAAUGCUCAGAAUAUGGCAAAUGACCCCAAAAGAUUCAAGAAUGGCAAAGUGCCAGGCAGCAGCAGCAGCAACCCACCGACCCCUAACCCAUUCAAGGGAACCAAGGUUGGUGAACUAACAGGCAGCAGCAACCCACCAAAUCCUUUGAAGGGAAACAAGCCUGCUGAAGGGACAGGUAGCUAAAACCCUGUGAAACCUCAGGCUGUGAAGUGCUGGAAAAAACAAGGUUUGCCUGUAAAUGAUGGAAAUGUCGAUGCUGUAGCCACUAUAAAU